UUAUAAGGGGAUGAUAAAUUGGCAGUUUGGCACCAAUCCGACUAAAAUGUAGUUGUUCCUAUCAUCAUUACACAAUAUUUGGGUGUUAGGUGUGAUGACUUUUGUUUCCUCCCAAAGAAUCCGACUAAGAUGUCAUUUCAUUAAUUUUUAUAAUAAUUGUUUAAAUCGAAGAGAUCCAUAAAUCUAACUAGUGUAGUUAAUCUUCGUCAUAAAACUAUAAAGUAUCAUUUUAAGUACUUUCAAUGAAAAAAACAUAAAAUCUUUCCAAAUUAGUACACACAUAUGUCUAUAGGAUGAGAACUAUAUGCACAAAACAUGAAAGACUUUAUGCCGUGUACAUAUGUCAUGUGUGCAUCACGCUUAAUGUACAAGCGUGUGUACCAUUUAGACGUUAUAAAAUCUUUAAUGGUAAAAAAAAAAAAGUUAGGGUCGGUGGUUGGUGUAUACUUCUUUACAAUUAUACCCUUUGUCUUAUAAAUACAGAGCAAAUUGAAAAACGAGCGAAAGCUGAAGCAUUCCAUCGUCGAACUCUCACUUUCUCUCUCCAAUCUCCAUGCCAAAUUUCUUCAAUUUGAACUCAAUUUAAACCUCAAUUUGAACUCAAUUGGAUUAUUCGUUUCGUUUUUUCAGAAGUUCUGGAUUGAAUGUUCAGUUGUGUGCAGUGGAUCAUUCUAUCAUGAAGCUUCUUGAAGUCGAUGAGGAUGAGUCAAUGCAUUCUGGAGAACAUGUUGAUGCUUCAAACAGAGAUAUUUGGGCACACAAGAAUCUGGUCUCGGCGCUUGAGCUAGUAAAAGAAGAGGAGACAGAGGAAGAGGCCGAGUUAGAGUUAGAUACAAGAGCUUUUUCUGUGGAUGAACCCACAGUUUGUAAGUUGUCAGAGACCGAGUUUUUGGAUGCUGAAGAAGAUAAUUAUGAUGAGAAGAAAUAUGAAGAAACGAAGAAUACUGAAUCCCUGGAGUUGAAUGCUAUGAAGCUAUCUAACUUGAGAGCGAUUGCAAAAGCUCGAGGCAUGAAAGGUUACUGGAAGUUGAAGAAGUCAGAGCUUGUUGGCUGCUCAGUGAUGAUUACAUGUAAUCCUUGACAAAUCUAACUACCUGUAUUCAUCGAGAGAUCAAUGACAUUUCUCCUUCCCGAUAGGCGGUAAACUUCAUUUAGGCUCCGUUUGGUAGGGCGUAAAAUAUUUUCAGUGUAAAAUGAUUUUCAUGGAAAACAAUUUACAAUGGAAAACAAAAUUCCAAAAUUAGUUUUCCGUUGUUUGGUUCGAUGUAAAAAAAAUGAUGAAAUGAAAGGAAAAUGAAAGGGAAAGUAAGGAGGUAGUGAGAGAAGUGUACAAGAGAGAGAAGGAAAAUAGUUUUCCCUUCAUUUUGAAAGGAAAAUGGUUUUCCAUCUUUGGGAGAGUAAUUUUACCCCAAGGGAAAAUGGUUUUACACUCUUUUACCAACCAAACAAUGUAAAACUGAAAAUAGAGGAAAACAGUUUUCCGGGAAAACGUUUUACGCCCUACCAAACGGAGCCGAGAUGAGACAACUCGCGAGCAGGGCCGUCUUUAGCAUAGGUGCUGAUAGUUUAUACUUGGUUUUUUAGUUGAUGAAGGAAAUUUAGGAUAUAUGAAUGAGUUUCCCUCCUUUUUGUAUACUUUCUGCUCUCUUUGACACUUCUAUGUAGAGGGAUUGUUUGGGCAACUUUGAUGUAUUAAACAUGCUAUUCUUGAGAGAAUUUUUCGUACAACUACAUGCUAGAUAUUGAUUGGAGGCAAUAUGUCUCACGCUUUGUUUGAGUAGUAAGUGAGAGCCUAGUAGUGUUUGGUAUCAUUUUCGAUCCUUGAUGAGUUUCAUCCUUUGCAAGGAGGAUCCCCAUU